AUGCAAAACUUCGCAGAACAUUCGUCCAACGCCAUUACCAAACCUACAAACAGUCGGAUCCUUUAUGAUAUACCGUGUAAAGUGUGCAAGGACUUUUCGUCCGGCAAACAUUACGGCAUAUACGCAUGCGACGGAUGUGCCGGAUUCUUUAAAAGAUCUAUUCGGCGCAAUAGACAAUAUAUUUGCAAAUCAAAAUCGGAAGGCGCAUGUCCGGUUGAUAAAACGCAUCGGAAUCAAUGUCGAGCAUGCAGACUCCGAAAAUGUAUGCUUUCGGGCAUGAAUAAAGACGCUGUUCAACACGAACGCGGUCCUAGAACUUCAACAGUUCGUCGACAACUUCAAGGACUCUGUUACUCAAAAGAUCGAUCGGCAAGUAACUCACCGCCGUUAGAUUUAACGCCCAAGAGGUCUCCAGAAUGUUCGGCCACUUGUUCAACUCCACCCGGUAGAUACAUUCCUGAUUCGCAUUUAUAUUUGUCGGCAUUCCGACCACAGAUGUCAAUGAUGCCGAGAUUUUUAAACACUAUGAGACUCACACAAGCAGUUUACGAGACGGCUGCUUCAAUUUUAGUCACAGUUUCCACGAUCAAGAGUUUUCCAGCUCUAAUGACUCUACCUUUUGUCGACCAGUUUGAAUUGCUCAGAGAGAGUUGGCACGAACUGUUCAUAUUGACAGCCGCUCAAUAUUUUUCUGACACCGAUAUCUCUUUGCUGCACGAAGAACACCGGUCUAAUUUUGGAACAUCGAUGGACAUUGAUGAACAAAUCGCGGUGUUCAAGGAUACGUUGGCUGCGGUCAAACACCGACAAGUCGAUCCGAUCGAACAGUACUUGUUGAACGAAAUUGUACUGCUCAAAUCAGAAUCGGUCAAGGGUCGCGGCUGCAGCAGUUCCGAAGACACCGAGACCAUUUUGGACGGGUUGUCUGUAAAGAGCAAAGAGGCGCUAAGACGGCAUGUACAUCACGUGCAUUUGGCCCGGCCAGACGCGCGGUACGAAGAAUUGAUUGAGAUAUUGCCCAGCAUCCGGUCUGUGCCAAAAACCACAGUGGUCGAGCUAUUCUUCCGCCGCACCAUCGGCCAAACUCCCAUCGAACCGUUCGUGUGCGGCACAUACACUAACUAUUUGCAGACGGCACCGCACUUGCAGACUAUCAUCAGCAAAGCUAAGAUUUGCCAUUGCUUGCAAUGAAGGAAGUGGCGUAUAUAUAUAUAAUGUUAAAUGCCAUGUGAUGAACUAUUUACCUACAUUUUACGCGACUUUGACAUAAACGCUAAUAUAUAUAUGGGUACGUAAUAUUAUUAUUAUUAAGGCUGUAAUAAUUUAUUAUACUAUCAAAUAUACGAUCCAUAUACAUAGUGAUA